AGUAUUUAUCAGACCGGUGUUUUGCCGGGCGAAUGCUGGGCCUUCAAGGGCAGCAGCGGCAGUGUGGUGAUUCGAUUACUUGGCCAAGUACACGUGUCUGGAGUCAGUCUCGAACACAUAUCUCCAUUGAUAUCUCCAACUGGUGAGACAGCUACCGCGCCUAAAGAUUUUUCCAUUUGGGGUUUAAUGGAUUUCGAGGAUAAGAAGCCUUUCUUAUUUGGAAAUUUUAUAUAUGAUAAUACCGGUUCACCGUUGCAAUAUUUUGAAGUCCAGAAUCAAGCGAAAGAAGUGUACGAGAUAAUUGAACUGAAAGUUCAUUCUAAUAGCGGUAAUCCGGAAUACACAUGUAUCUACAGAAUACGAGUGCAUGGCACGCUUAGUAAGACACGUAUAUGAAUAUAUGUACCAGAUUCUCGUCUUUUAAUCGGAAGUACUGAAAUAGAUUGUCGCUUGAUAUCAAAGGAUAUUAUAUGCUAUAAUAUUGAUCAGUCGCUGAAUGUAAAUCAGGACAGUGGGUGGUAGUUAAAUAAAAGCACGAGCAGCUCAACGUAA